AUGUCCUUUGCAGGUUUCAAGGAGAUUUUUGUAAAGCAAAAGACUUUUAGACCAAAGAAAAAAUUUCCUCCGGAAACAAUUCAUUAUCAUCUUCACAAACAUGCAGAAGCCUCCCUCAACGCUGGAAUAGAUCUUCGUGAAGCUGUUAAAAAGCCCCCAGAUGAAGAACUCAAUGACUGGAUUGCUGUUCACGUGGUUGACUUUUACAAUAGAAUAAAUCUAAUCUACGGCACAAUUUGCGAUCGCUGCACAGAGGAAACAUGUCCUCGAAUGACGGGCGGUAAGAAAUUCGAAUAUCACUGGCGUGAUGAUCAUCAUUACAAGAAACCCACCCCUAUGCCCGCUCCCCUCUACAUCAGUCUUCUAAUGGAUUGGAUUGAAGAGCAGAUUAAUAAUCCCAAUAUUUUCCCCACCUCUGUGGACGUCCCUUUUCCCAAGAACUACAUUAAUGUUGUGAAGAAAAUCAUGAGUCGACUGUAUCGAGUUUUCGUCCAUGUAUAUAUCCAUCAUUUUGAUCGACUGGUAGAGAUUUCUGCGGAGGCACAUGUGAAUAUAUGCUACAAACAUUUCUACUACUUUGUCACCUAUUUUGAUCUCAUUGAUAAGAAGGAAUUGGCACCUCUUGUGAGUCUCUAUUUUCUAUGUAAUUUUGAAUUACAUUAG